GACAUUUGGCAUAAUUUGAUUUAGAUUAUUGUUGGCGGUUUGAACGAUAGUCUGUAAAGUAUCUGUAAGCAAAUCCACCUAAUUGCAUUAUCUGACUGUCCUGUACCAUACAUUAUCGACGGCCAAGUUGCUGCCAUUCAAUUCAAUUACAGUAUUCAAGUUACACCAGCCGGGUCACGCGGUUGAUAUACAGUCCAGCCAUCAAAACACCUAGCGUUUAAAUUGGUGGUCAGACUGUAGUUAGUUUAACUGCAUCCACGCCAGCCAGCAAGAAGUAAACUGCCGAGUCGUCAGCUGGUUAUAGCAACACUUGCUAGAAACAUACGGCUGGAUUCUGGAAAGACAUUUACUUUCUUGUUUCCACACUGUCUGGACCACAAUUACUGCACUAAUUCGAGGUCACCAAUUCAAUUCAGACAGUCUUGAUUACCAUGUCAGAAUCUUCCUUUCCUGGCACUGCAUUGUUCCCUCUUAUUGCUACCAUAAACACUUCUGCAUCGUCUUCAGAAGCCUUGACACAACAAUCUUUGCUAUCACAUACUGCUUUACAGACCAAUUCUACAUUAUCAUUAGCUCAAGAGCCGGCUCUUACUGCUACUGACAUCAUCCGCUUUUAUGACCGCAUUAUUGAUGCAUCGGACCGCAAGCUUACCCGGCUAAACACUCUUGGUAGCAAGGCCAAGUCCGAGGGCUAUCGCUUGUCUGUGCGGCUGAUACGGCAAAAUGCAUGGUACCAGAAGAUGCACUAUCAACUGACACUUCCUCCUGUUAUGAUGGGCGACUCGCUCUCUGCUUCGUUUGGCUUCUCGCAGGAUUUCUGGGACACCGCCAAUACAUUGAUGGGAGUUGCUUCUUCAGCACUGCCAUCGGCUCCAGCUUCCGAAUCAAAUUCUUCCCUAUUUACACCCUCUACAGAUGCAUUGUUGGAGUCCAUCACAACAAACUCUUGGGCCCUCACAACUCAAUUCGACACCAGUGGUUCAUUUUUGGAUCAGUCCGCUUUAAUGGCAUCUCAACUAGGUGUUUUACGCUCGUCAUCUUGCGACUUGAAUUCGUCUCCCUUUGAAACUUCGGUUUUUGGAUCGCUUUCUGCCAUGCAAGCGGAGAUGGAUUUGGCAUUCACUAAUUCAACCACCCCUUUUUCAAUUGUAAACCAAUUACAUUCUACUGCAUCAUCAGUGUCGCAACUACCACAUACUCAACCAAAUGGUUCUGAUAACAAAACUUUUCCAGAAUGUGUCAACCCCACAACUUCUGGUAUUUCACAUGCGGGAUCAUUUGCUACAGACAAGUUGAUGGCAAAUUUGUCAUUUGCCAAUUCCGAGUCUUGCUCAACUGAAAGCCCAAAACAAGGUUCUCAUGCAGAUCAGUUUUUGAAGUUGGAUCGUGUCUUUAUAUCCGCUGCUGGCAGCGGUGUGUGUGACUUGGACAACAAUAUCCUAUCAUCUACUUUUUCCCCUACUACUACGCCUUGCAACGGAGUCAUAGUUGCAUCAUUUCCUUCCAGUGUAUCUGAUACCUCUUUACCAGAUCCUCCGGUUGAACCUGCAGAGGGCGUAAUGCCAGAGAUUCCCCACCUUCAUAUUGUCGAGCACCACACCAAUAUUGCUCAAGAGUCAUUAUCGAUAAAGCCCUUGUCGCCAGAAUCUUUCCAUCCAAAACGCGGAUCCCCACUCAAGGAUGCUUCGGCAGAGCUUGACAUGUCACUUCCAUCAUCCAUUUUUGUAUCUACUACUCCACUAAGCAACACGACGGAGUUGAUGACAGAUGAAAAAUUUGACUGGUUGUCAUUAAAUUUGACUGAAGCAUCAUCUACAGCACCGUCUACCUCUACCGCUUCAUCUGCUACUACACAUGUAUUGGAACUUUCAGAUGCACCAACUGCUAAUCAGAAAGCAUCACAUAUACAGCUAAAUUUUUGCCAAGCAUGCCCUACGCUUUUAGAUAGAUCGAUGUGUGAGCCUUCCACUCCGCGACUAUUGUUUCAAGACUUGACUAGCGACGAGUCUUCGUGCAUGGAAGUAGACGAUUCAAGUUUUUCUUUAUGCUCGUCAUCUACUGGCCAUAAGCUAGGGUGUUUGGAAGAUACUGGCCACGUACGUGUGAAUAUUCCUGAAAAUGCAAUGCAACAAUUUAUUUCAACAAUACCAAGAUUUGGACAAGAUCCUAAAUUGUCCAAUACUAUUUCAGAGGACAUUCCAUUGGUGCUUUCACUUUCAAAAUCCUCGUCUAUUUUGUUGGGAAAGCGCCGCAAUGAAUGUCAAUACUAUACUGAUCCAAUUGUAUGCGGUUCUGAGAAUGAUAUUCGCGCUUCGUUAGCUUAUUCUGUAGUUCCUAACUCUAUCUGUACUAAAUCUUUGGAACCCCUAUAUACUACCUCGGCUGAUGCUUGCUUCCGAUCAAAAGAAUCGUUUUUUAGUGAUAUGAUUGCCAAUAUUUUGCCCUUGUCCAACUCAUUGUCAGAAACGAGGCAAGAUAAAGGUCGUUUAGCAAAGCGUUUGUGUAUUGAUGUGCCUGUAACAUUGUCUGCACCUGCCGACUUGUGUUUUUUAAAAAAGUAUGUACACAAAGAAUGCUCUGCCGAUCCUGCAACUAAAUACGAUUGUGAUGCUAUGGACACGGAUGAGAUACUUGCAAUGGACUGUGAUCUUGAUACUACUUGUGAAGCUGGUCAAGACUACUCAAAUUGCACAACAUUAGCAACUCAGCCAACUAACCGAGUACGCAUCGACUCUGCCAUAGGGGAUUCAAAUGACCAGAAGGCACAAUGUUCGAGUGAUCUCUUGGACAACACAUCAUCGAGCCAUCAAAACUCAAUAAUGGUUAAAAUGUUUUGCACUAUAGAAUCUGAUCCAUCUGCCACAGUUACCUUGUCGGUCCGAGACAAGAACGAACUGAGUUGCUCGCCCACGACAGACAACAUUGUACUGCCAGUCGUCAUUGUAUCUAAAACACAAAACACGAACCGCAACGCAGCACACAAGAGACUACAGAAUGGAUCGUCUUAUCCAUCUCCGCCUGACCCAAACUGAUACGUUCACACCACGCUCUCUGUCCAGGGCAUUUAACCUUCACAUCAUCCUAACCCAUACUGAUCUGUUGUUUGAUCGAAUUUAAAUCUAAAAUACACUUCUGGUAUAUCUUAUAGUCUUCAUUUUUGAAAACACAUCUAAUACAUGCAAUAGUAAAUCUGAUAGAAUGGCAUAACUGAGUCUAGAAAUAUGCCAAUAUGGAUCGAAUCGAUCUGUCUGGUGUCUCAGCACUUGUAAUUGCCAUCUGUCUCACUGUCCUGCCAUCAUUCAGUUGAAUGUCAUGACUAAUAAAUGCAAACUUUUCAACCUC